ACCCAUCGUGUCAUGACUUGAAUAUAUGCGAGGCUCCUGUCUCCCUCUCUGUUAAAUCGCAACAGAGAAGCGUCUGUUGACUGGGGCAGGACUCUGGAAAAUAUGGUGGGAGUUGCAGAAUUUUAAGUCCCAAAGGGGGUAAUGGGACAGAAGUGAUGCAGAAACUGUAGAGGGAGAAGACAGUGUUCAGUUGUGACAGGACAGACACUUCUAACACAAACGUGGUGCUGCUGAAGUUGAUAAUAGUGAUGAUUUUGGCGUUUUGGCAACAAGACUGAUGACACUUGACAGACGCGUGAAACAUCGAGGGCGUGCCAGGGAUUUCAGAGCCGCACAGACCGCCACAGGAAUGGAUGGUAAUGCAAACAGCCGACCACCUGACCGAAGGAGAUCUUCGAAGAGCAAAGCUCCACCUCCUCCACCGGUUCUGAAAGGCCUGGAUGCUCCUCUGCUCAACCAGAAACUCCCAGCGUCCCCUCAUCCAGCCAUGGAGCAGAAGGAGAACCUACUGAAGCAGGAGCUGACACUGACUGUGGUCCUUCCUGGAGGAGUGGAGAAAACUACUGUGGUGCAUGGCAGCAAACCUAUGAUGGAUCUGCUGGUAACACUUUGCGCGAAGUACCACCUGAAUCCCUCUGCUCACACCAUUGAGCUCAUCACCAACAACAGGAACCAUGUGAAAUUUAAACCCAAUGCCCUGAUCGGAGCCCUGGAGGCAGAGAAGAUCUUGCUGAAACCGAAAGGCAUGGAAGAUAAAAGCAAAAAGACAGGACCACAGAUGCCAGAGGCAACAGUACGACUAGUGAUAAACUACAGGAAAACACAGAAAACUAUUCUCAGGGUGAGUCCACGGGUUCCUCUACGAGAACUGCUGCCCGCUAUCUGCGAGAAAUGUGAAUUUGAUGUGUACACCACAGUUUUAUUACGAAAUGUCCAUUCUGAAGACACUUUGGACCUGAGCGGCUCCCUCAGUGACUUUGGCCUUAGGGAAGUUUAUGCAAAAGACACCAAAGUUAUUAGCCCUGGAAGUCCUGGAAGUCUUCCACCAUCUCCUACUCGCUCAGAAAUAAUUCAUCGUGGAAAAGACAAAAUACAGAAGGAGAAUAAAGGACUGUUCGGCUUAUUUAGAAAAGGAAGUAAGAAACAGUCGGAACAGUCAAUGACCGUGAGUGCACCAGCAUCGCCAGUGCACAGAAGACAGAGGCCAGUCAGUAUGAGUUCUUUAAGUACUUAUUCGCCAAUGUACGAUUCAAACACCAUGCCCUCGGACACGCCAAAGAAGAGAAGAGCCCCGUUACCACCUUGCAUGAUGUCACAGAGCAUGCCAACGGACCUCAGUCAUCACCAAGGCAACGCUCAAACCCCAGCACAUCCUGAUGGCAACCAGCAUAUGGCCCCCUUGAGCCGCGGAUCCUCGACAGAGUCGUCCUUCAAGAAGACGUCCACCAAGCGGAAGGCCCCACCGCCCCCUACCUUGACCAGCAUCGCCCCUCAUGAUGAAACUACACAGGGAAAAGACUUGACAGAACCUGUGCUGGCAUCUCCACUGGAGGAGAUCAAAGAACAGGAAGAGGUCUCCAUGAAAACAGAGAGUCAAGCAUGCCCUUUAGAGGAAGAGCACCUGGAAGAUGACAGCAGCUUGAAUCUGUCCGCUGACGUUUCUCUGGACUCAGGCCAAGCUGGGACCUUGCAAGACUCUGAAAGUGUAGAAAGUUUAUCACCACUUGGGACGGCCAGAGAAAAUCCAUCAUGCAACCUGUCCGUAGAUAGAGAAGUUGCAGAGAGCACAGUGAAUGGAGAGUUAAAAUCAGACCAGGCCCUGACCGCUUGUGUCCAAUCGGAAGAGAUCGAGCCCCUGAAUGAGAAGACAGAAAAGGUGACUCAGUCUUCUCAAAGUGGCUCUGUUUUAAAGGAGGUUUCAGUGAGCGACACAGAGACGGAUGCAUCUUUGUUUAACAUGCCUCAAACGUCAGACUGCGGCAUUCAGACCUUGUACACACACACAGACUUACACGCUCAGUGCCUUAAUUCCAACACGGUUGCUUUGCAAGCAGUUCCCAUGUCUUCCCCUAAGUCAAUACGUUCAGCUCACUUUGAAGAACAGACACAGAAAACCAACCGUAGUGCAGUCAGCCUUGCUCACACCGAGACGCAAACGCAGACAGAACCCGAGACUCUCCCUACUGAACCAUUGCUUAGCUUUUGCACUGAACCCCCCAUGAUGCCUUCCUCGCCCUCAAUGGGGCUGAAGAAGGACAUGGCCACUUCCACAGAAGAGCUGCAUGUUCCUCAACCCCAAACACAUACAGUUCAACCCUCAAAGUGUCCAGCAUCGACACAAACUGCCCCUAAAUCAGGUAACAUACUGUACUUUGCAGAUGCAGAGCCUAAACCCAAACCAUCCAAUGAACUGACCCGUGAAUACAUCCCCAAAGUGGGCAUGACCACCUACACCAUCGUCCCUCAGAAGUCUCUAGAAAAGCGACAUUUGUUUGAGGUUGAACUAACUCUGGAGCCAUGCGAUGAUGGGAGUGUCAAGAACCUGGACUGCAGACCAGAUGCAAAAAUUGUUCAAGCUCAAACGACAAACAUCUCACCUCCACCAGGCCACCUUCCCCUGUUCACCAAUGGAAUUAUCACUCUUAAUGGCCAUAAGAGUGUCUCCAUAAAAGCCACUGAGCUUUCGCAGAUGAUUCCACCUGUUUCACCCACAGCCAGCAUUUCUUCACCCUCGUCCCCGUUAGGCGAAGGAACUGAGUCCUUCGUCAAGGAGAAGAAGGUUCCACCCGCAACAAGACCCAAACCAGCUUCAUUCCGCUUGCCACAGCACAAACGAACACCCGGGGAUUAUGUCAUCUCCGCAGCUGUACGUAGAUCGAGUGUUGGCAGCACAAGUAGCAGCAGCAGCACCUGUAGCAGUCCUGCAGCUAGACCAAAGGAAGCUGCAAGGAGUCUGCAGUCAGAUGCUUCCCUUGGGACUGCGCUCAACAACUUUCCCCCUCCACCACCACCAGUACAGUGGGACGGAGAAGAGCAACAUGCCGAACUAAGUGAUGUUCCUCUACCUGAGGUCCAACCAAAACCUCAACCCAUUUUGAAAGAUGUCGAGGCUUCAAGUGAUGUUCCUCUACCUGAGGUCCAACCGAUACCUCAACCCAUUUUGAAAGAUGUUGAUGCUUCAAGUGAUGUUCCUCUACCUGAGGUCCAACCGAAACCUAAACCCAUUUUGAAAGAUGUCAAGGCUUCAAGUGUUGUUCCUCUACCUGAGGUCCAACUGAAACCUCAACCCAUUUUGAAAGAUGUCAAGGCUUCAGGUGUUGUUCCUCCACCUGAGGUCCAAUCGAAACCUCAACCCAUUUUGAAAGAUGCCAAGGCUUCAAGUGAUGUUCCUCUACCUGAGGUCCAACCGAAGCCUGAAACGCAUUCAAAAGUCAUUGAGGCUUCAAAAUUUCCACCAUCUUCUCUUCUGUCUCGGCAAAAGAGUCUUCCCACGAAUCCCAGGCCUUCUUUGAGUCUGGAGAAGUUGAGAAGCUUUGCAGCACCCAAACCGUUUUCGCCCACAUCACCUUCUCGUUUUGCCCAAGCUGUGUCGACGGCUGUGAAGAGGUCCCAGUCUCUUUCCCAUCGUCCUUUGGGGCAAUCACCACGCAAGCUGCCUGUUUAUCCUCUCUCAGCACAAAGCUCCAUUAGAGAGUCCCCCGAACCUCCAACAAGUACUGUGACAGACAAUGGAGAAGGACGCACGGAGGGAUAUAGAGAGGCCCCAUCAGAAACAGCAGGCCCUGGCGAUGCAGCGCAGAGUUCCGCCCAACAUGAAGACAUGGGAACAUGUAAGAUUGGAAAUACUCAGCCAUCAUUACCAGGGUCUGAAGCAUCCUUAGUGCUGUCUCCCACGUUGAAGGGAAUAUCGGAAGCCUUGCGCUCUGUGGAGGAAUGAAGCAUUCUGACUUCCCUUAAUUCACUCUGUGCCUUCACUGACAGAACUUCACUGAUUCCCAAACAUCCCGAAAAUAUCCCAUCUCCAGUUUUCUUUCACGCUGUCCAUUUUUUUGCAGAAUUUAGAUUAUGAUUUUUAGGUGGCUCACGAUUCAAAGGACUUUCAGCCCUUUUAUUCCGGAUCUGGGCAGAACUGCGUAGAGCGCAGUUUUUCCACUUUCACCAUCACUGUGUGUCACUUUCUAUGAUACGAACAUGUCUUACUGAAAAGAUGUUGUUGAUUGAUCAACUAGCGCAGAGAGAUUACUUUUAUUUGAUGCUGAGCAGAUACGUGGAGGAGAUGAACUACGACUGUGGAUUUCUUCUAAUUUAUUUUACAGAUAGUUCAGAAAAUCUGUUACAUUUUUUUUCCCCUUGCUCAGUAAAAGUAACAACUUAUCUUAUUAAUGUUAUCAAAUUUUGAAAUGUAUCCAAUUGAAUAUUUUCCGGUUGCUUUCUGAAGUUAUGACCUUAUGACUGGUGUAAAUGUGCAGAGUCACAGAAGAUGCGCUGUUCUAUUUUGAGGCCUUUAUUACAUUUAAAUUAUUAUGUGUAGAUUUAAUUAUAUAAUUAUUAUUCAAUGAAAAAUGGUACUGAAAUAUUCCCAAUUAUUCAGUCAUACAAACCCCUCCCUUUUCUCAUGUUAAACAUUGGUGCAAAGUGUAUUGUUGUUAAUUAUGGGCUUUUGUUCUUGAUCAUAAAUAAUAAUACAUUAUUGUCAUUGUUGAACAGGUCUUUGGGGCCUAACAAACUUUUAAACAAAGCUUUUGCCAAGACAGAAGACACUGGGCUUAUUUGUUGUUUUGAGGAGAAUACUGCUGUAAUAUCUGAAAUGAACUCUCCUCUCUUCUCUGUAUUAAAAUAUAACACAUUUAAAGUUU